AUGGUUUGGUGCAGUAGAGUUUUACACAGGAAGUAUGGAAACUUUGUGGAUAAUCUGAGGCUGUAUGUCAGAGGUGGCAGUGGUGGCAUGGGGCUGCCACGAUUGGGUGGACAAGGUGGUAAAGGAGGAGAUGUCUGGGUUGUUGCCAAAGAUGGUAUUUCCUUGAAGAAAAUCAAGGAUAAAUAUCCACAGAAGAGGUUUGUAGCUGGUGUUGGAACAAAUAGUGGUAUCCGAGCUCUGAAGGGAGAUAAAGGACAGGACUGUGAGGUCUAUGCUCCAGCUGGCAUUUCAGUCACAACCGAUGAUGGAAUGGUCAUAGGUGAACUGAACCAAGGUGGUGAGCGAGUACUUGUAGGACAAGGUGGCUGUGGUGGAUCUUUUGCCACUGGCUUCCUGCCCAAAAAAGGUCAAGCAAGACAUGUACGAUUAGACUUGAAACUCAUAGCAGAUGUGGGCUUAGUGGGGUUUCCAAAUGCUGGCAAAUCAUCUCUAUUGAGUUUACUUUCACAUGCCAGACCUCAGAUUGCAAGCUAUCCUUUCACAACCUUGAGGCCAGAAAUAGGAAAAAUAAUGUUUGAAGAUUACAAACAGAUAUCUGUAGCUGAUUUACCAGGUUUGAUUGAAGGCGCCCACAUAAACAGAGGAAUGGGUCACAGAUUUCUCAAACAUGUUGAGCGAACAAAGCAAUUGCUCUUUGUGGUUGAUGUAAGUGGAUUCCAGCUUUCUUACAAAACACCAUUUAGAACAGUCUUUGAAGCUGUACAGCUCCUAAUGAAGGGGCUGGAGUUAUACAAAGAAGAGCUGAUGUCAAAGCCAGCCCUCCUUGCUGUGAACAAAAUGGAUUUUCCAGAUGCAGAAGAUAAGCUAAAGGAACUUGUAGAACAACUACAACAUCCUCAAGAUUUUGCACACUUGUUUCCUGAAGGUGCGGUUCCAAGGCGCACAGUGCACUUUAAACAUAUCAUCCCAGUCUCAGCAUCCAGUGGAUGUGGCAUUCAAGAGCUAAAGAAGUGCAUCAGAAACUCACUUGAUGAGCAGGUAACUUCACAAAAUGAAGAGGACCACAGAGAAAAGCUGCAGGAACUUCAUGCGCUUUCAAAGCUGUGAGAUGAAUGGCAUGAAUGAAUGUAGAAAUGUACA